UCUUAGGUGUAAAUAUUAUAUAUAAGAGCACAGGAGUUAGGGUUUACCGCGGCAACGAUCGGAAAGGAAGCAGUGCUGAGAUAGGCAAAGCGAAUAAUGGGACAUUCAAACGUCUGGAAUUCGCAUCCUAAAAACUAUGGCCCUGGUUCUCGGACCUGCCGAGUCUGCGGGAACCCCCAUGGGUUGAUCAGGAAAUAUGGCCUGAUGUGCUGCAGGCAGUGCUUCCGUAGCAAUGCAAAGGAAAUUGGGUUCAUCAAGUAUCGCUGAAGUUUGAUGGCAUCGGAUGGACAUUAUUUUGGUACAAUCUGAGUUAUGGUUAAGAGGUGCUGCUGGCGUUUGGAUGUAUCCAUUUGAGUUAUUCCCCAAUUUUUUUCAAGUGUUUAUGAGAUUUAGUUUAUGACUUUAUUCGGCAUGUUAGACUGGCCAAAGUUUCUCCCAAGUAAGUUAUUUGAUGAAUAGUCAAGUUCCUUCUA